UGAAAAUAGACUUCAUAAAACCUUGAAAACAAAACACAAUCCUAACCUCUAACCCUUGAUAUCACUCACUUAUCACAGCUGUUCCAAGAACACGUCAGUUCACAGAUGAAAAAUGUGUUGGAAUGAAACGUCAAGGUUUCUAUGGGUAGUAAGAAAGACAAGUAUCCCUAUCUACCAGUUCUGACCACAAAUCACAAUAAACGCAGGUUGAAAUGACGUCUAUGAUUAUAAAUACGAGUUCAAAGUGCUAAAAGAAAUAAAUGCUUCACAGCCUCGUAAGCAUUAUUAAUCAUCGCCCAGAUAUCGUGGGAAGAAAAUGACCACGAAAACAGUUGUCACUUGAGUAGUGUACUUUAUUCUGGCACUUAUUUGUUCUGAGUUCCAAUGCUAUUGACAGCUUUUGAUAUCAGUGAGUGCCCACUGCCCGUGGUCUAACCCGUGUAUUGUUUUGUGAUCGUGUUGUUAUCUAACCUUAAACCUUCAAGUUUUGACAAAUAAUGACGUGCAAUGUUUAUGCCAAUAAUUCAAAAAAUGUUUAUAAAAUCUAUUGAAAUUCAUUAAUAUUUCUUAUUAGAUUGUAUACGUAUUAAAAAUGAUUAAGGCAAUUUUGGUGUUUAAUAAUCAUGGUAAACCCAGGCUAUCCAAAUUCUAUCAGCAUUUUCCAGAAGAUAUGCAACAACAAAUCAUUAAAGAAACAUUCCAAUUGGUAUCCAAGAGAGAUGACAAUGUGUGCAACUUCUUAGAAGGUGGAAGCUUAAUAGGCGGCAGUGAUUACAAGCUGAUAUACCGUCACUAUGCGACUCUAUACUUCGUCUUCUGUGUGGACUCCUCAGAAAGUGAACUUGGAAUUUUAGAUCUCAUUCAAGUCUUUGUUGAGACAUUAGACAAGUGUUUUGAAAAUGUUUGUGAGUUAGACCUAAUAUUCCAUGUGGACAAAGUACAUUAUAUUCUGAAUGAGCUAGUCAUGGGAGGUAUGGUUCUAGAGACCAAUAUGACUGAAAUAUUGACUAGGAUAGAAGAACAAAAUAAGUUGGAGAAGCAAGAGCUACCAAAAUAUGGUAAUUGGACAGACGUUGAUGUAAAUUUAUACUAUGCUGGUCAUUUUUGUUAGCUGGAAUCGCUGCAGCCCCGGCGAGGGCUGUUUCAGCAAUGAAAAAUAUGAAUAUCCCACAGCAAAUCAAGGAGAUGAAACUGCCAGACCUACCUCAAGUAAUCAAAGACCUCAAGUUCUGAUGUUUGAUAUUAUGUCGCCAAGAAAGGAUGAGCACAGGAAGUUUACAUAUAUUUCGUUAAGUAAAGCUACCAAAUACACGACGGUUGACAUGUUUCUGCAAAUUCACGUAAUUAUAAGCAUACGAUUGUAUUUUCGUCUAGAAGCAUCUUAUAUUUACACCUUGUAUGCUACACUUAUUUUUGUUAUUGCCCUAUUUAUCAUAUGUAUAUGGACAUUUAUAAUAAAUAUUUGAACAAUAAA